GUGAAGCAGCUGCAGUCAGACGAGCUGCAGUUUACAGAUUUUGACACAAACCCUCUAAAACUCGCUCAAAAACAACCCGCCAGUAAUGCGAAGCACGGCAUGGCAGACAGACAGGACAAUGAGGUGGAGGAGGCUGAGCAUGUGUACCUGCUGAUGAAGGAGGAGUACAGGAUAUCACGCAACGUGCGUCUGUCCUGGUUCCUCAGCCGGCUCAAUCAGGUCGUUCGGCCCAGUCCACCGUCUGAGCUGCUGAAGUCCGAGAAUGCGCUGGAUGUUUUGAGCAUCACCCCGAAAGGAUGGCAGCCCGAUUCUCCUCCCUCGUCCUGCUCGUGUCUGCUGGUUCCCUCCACACGCGUGACUUUCCUGGCUCGUCGGUACCGCUUCAUCAUCGAGCUGGACCUGAGCCCGUCCACCGGGAUCGUGGAUGACAGCACAGGAGAGAUGAUCUUUGACGAAGUCUUCCAUGCUCUGUCUCGGUGCUUGAUUGGUCUGGCGAAACCCUUUAAAGUCCCAGGAACUGAUCACCUGUUCCAGCCAGAGAUCUUCAUCACGAUUCUGGCGUAUUCCUCCAUCAUUGGCCUUAGUUCUCAUCAGGUGUUGGUUCAGGGCUGUCAGCUGGACUGCAUGGAUUUGGAGCAGUUCUUGCAUCAGAUCUAUCAGCAGCUGAGAGCCGUGGAGAGCAGCAUCGCCGACGUCCUACAGCAGCAGCAGCACAAUCAGUUCAAUGGAUCUGUUUAUCAGUCCUUCUCCAAUGAGGCUGUGGAGGAGCCGUCUCUGAGGAAGCCGGGGGUUUCGAUGGUGACGGCCGAUGUGGGGCUGGUCAGCAUGGUGAGGCAGGGGAUUCUGGCGCUGCAACUUCUGCCUCCAAACUCCGGUGCAGGUAUAAUAAUCAUCACAGACGGAGUGACGAGCGUCCCUGAUGUAGCUGUGUGUGAGACUCUGCUGAACCAGCUGAGAAGUGGAACCAUCGCCUGUUCCUUUGUUCAAGUGGGCGGCGCAUACUCCUACGACUGUAGUUUCGGCUACAUCCCCAACGUGGAGCUGAUGAAGUUCAUCUCCAUGGCAACCUUUGGCUCCUAUCUGUCCAUGUGUCCCGAGUCCGACUCGACCGGCGACGAGAUGAACGCUUACCACCGCUCCUUCCUCACAUACUCCUUCCUGAGGACCGGCGAGUCCAUGAACCCGGAGUACUACUGCUGUAAGCUCAACUCAGGCUUAACAGAAGUCUCCCAGCACAGGCUCUUUAAUGAACACCUGGUGUCGGCCAGUGGAAACCCCGCUUUAGUGAUGCGCAGGAAGAAACACACCGAGAAGGAAGUGCACGCUGAUUUGAUCAGCGUGUUGUCUAUCAGACUGAGAGAGGGAUACACCAUCCGAGAGAUUAACAUCACUAAAGGAGGAAGUCAGCUGGAGUUGAAGCUUGUCCUCCUCUGGAAGCACAACAUGCGCAUCGAGUACCUUGCCGUGGCGUCCUGGCCCCUGGAUCCACUCAAACGCACCACCUGGGUGGAGGUGACCAUGGAGGGCAGUUAUGACAUCCUCCAUGACAUCAGCUGCACCAUGCGGAAACCAAUCACAAGCCCUUACCGGACGUCUGUCAUCCGUCGCUUCUGGAACACUCUGCAGAGCAUAAAUCAGACCGACCAGAUGUUAGUGCACCUGCAGUCCUUUAAUUCUAUCCCAGAACAUUACACCAUCCCCGAAAGCACAAAAAAUGGCGUUCCUCUGUUUUACAUCCCACCUGGCUCGACCACACCGGUCCUUUCCCUCCAGCACAGUGGCUCUAAAGACUCCAGCCAAUCGCAGUUUGCCUCUUACUGGAAGCCAAUCCUGUCCAUGGACGCUAACUUCUGGCAGCGCUGGCUUCACAUGCAUCGCAUCGCUAUCAUUCUGGAGCAUGACAUCCCAGUCCCGAAGCAUGUGCACAACGCUGGCAGUAAUGGGCGAUUCAGUACCGUCCAGUGUCGGAUCUCUCACUCGGCGCUCACCUCGCUGCUCAGGGACUGGAGCAGUUUCGUCCUGGUGGAGGGUUACUCAUACGUCAAACUUAUUUACAGUGCCUCUGAGUUGCCGCCCGUCUCCUUCUAUCUGGUGCGUCUGAUCUCCAAAGCUCCCUGCAUGGUGCUGCGAUUGGGCUUCCCGAUAGGAACUCUUGCACACACCAGGAAUAAGAUCGUGGAUGAACUUCGAGAGCAGAUCCUGCGGCUGCGCUUCCCUCAUCGAGUCCAGAAUAAGGAGGCCACACCAAAGACCAAACGGAAGAUUCUGGGUAACGCUUCACCCUCCAAGUCUCCGCCUCUUCCGGUGCCCAAACCGGCGCUCUCGGACCGGCCGUGUGUGGUGGUGCUCAACAAACCUCUUGAAAAACUACUGAUCAGGUACGAGAAACUUCCGUCAGAUUUCCACACCUCUUUUAUCCUAAACAUGGAGCUGUUCGCCCAGCCGGCCACCAUGGGCGCCCCUCUCAGCAUGGCUGCCAGCAGGACGGCCUCCUCCACCGUGGCGUCGCUCUCCCGAUACUUCCUUCACCAGCGCUGGGUUUGGGCCGUGCAGAACGGGCCGGGAACCGCUGUAUCGCUGCAUGCGGUCGCUCAUAUCCUCUCCAUGCUCUCUGAUAUUCGUCUGUCUGAAGGCUUCCAUUUUGCUGCCAGCGGGGAGGGUAUCGUCAACAUGGUGACAGAGCUGCCAAUGCAGAGUCUUCCAGCUGAUUUGGACGGAGAAAAACACACCUGCAUAGUCCAGUAUAUCCUAUUUCCGCCUCAUUACACUUCUACCAAGGACAGUUUCUCCACAGAUGAUGACAAUGAUACUGAAGUGGAGGCCAUAGAUGUGGACACAGAGCUGAGUCUGGUGACCGAGUGCUGGGUCGAGCCUCAGAGUGGAUCCGUCUGCAGUUCACUGGACCAGCAGAGGCACUUUCACAACCUCACGUACCAGCAGAUUCCUCAAGCUAUUUUCCCCCGUGACCUGUCGUGCAUGACCACAAUGAUCACCUUUGAGUACCUCAUUCAGCUGUGUCAGAAUAAAGAGCAGGCGUGCCCUCUCAACAGCCUCAAAGAUGCUCCAGGCGAGGUCCCCGCCGCCGCUGACGACUGCAUACACACUGUGCCUUUCCAGUUUGACCUGAUGAAACUCUUGCCCAAGUGCCAGCAGAUAGAGCUCUUCUUCUACACCUUUAGCCGAGAGGGGCAGGCGGAUGUGUCCCAUAGUGCCUCGUCUUUGCCCAACGACCUCCUCCUCAGCCUCUUCCACGGCUCUCUGCAGAACGAGCUCAGCGAUCGAGAGAUCCCACUGACCGACGAGGAUCAUGUGGCGUUCAUGCAUCACAUCCUGGAGCGGGAAAGAGAUGGUCAUGUGGCUCCGUUCUCACUACCUGUCAUUAAAGAAGAGAGUUUGAAGCCUCCGGAGAGGCAGGACACUGUACUUUCUUUCCACACGAUAGGAAGCAGUAAAGAUGUGACGGGCUCCUCCAGCACACUACAGAGUUUCAGCAAUGCAGAUCUUGUGGAUGACGAGCCAGCUGGCCUGGAGCGAGACGGCUUAUCUCCUCACUGGAAAUGUUACGCCAAAUACAUCAGCCAUCAGCAGAUCCUGCUCACAUUCCUGCCAGCUACAUUUACAGAUGUGCAGCUUUUGAUGUCAUCUGGUCUGGAAACUGAACCUCCAAUCAACGGCAGCUUCCUGGAAGAGGAGGAGACCUGUAGCCACGGCAACGGCCAAUCACAGGAAGACUCUAUCAGCAGUUCAGCCAAUGGUCAACAUAAAGAUGAUGUCAAGGGCCACCCUGCGUCCAGAGAGGGGUCCACAGCUAAACCAGAAGCAGCGUUGGAGACGUCUACAGAACAAACCAACAUGAACACAGGCGAUGCAGCUCCAGAAGAGAAGGAUGGUGUGCAGUUUACAGAGCCCCAAAAGCGAGACUGUCACAUCACGUUCAGCAGACAGGUGUCUCAGCAGAGCGGCACCGACGCCACUCGACCUCGCUGCCCCAUCUACAUCUACAACUGCUCACUGGACUCCCUCAAAGAGCAGCUGGUCAAUCCGCGGUCGGGACGGAAGCCCAGAGACGUCUUCUUCAGAGCUCAAGAGACAGACAACUGGGAGUUCAGUCAGCAGACCAAAUACAGGUCAAUCUCUCAGGAGCGCAGCAGCGCCUCCUCCUGGUCUGAGCUCAUGACGCACCCUCACAAACACAAGGAACUGGCCAACUACUGCAGCCUUCUACAGGAACACUACUAUCAGAGCUAUGUCAAAGGUGUGUACCGCAGUCUGCAGCAGGCGUACAAUGUGAGCUCGCAGGACGUUCUGACGGCCAUGGAUUACUGCGAGGAGUCGCUGCAGGAGAUCGACAUCACUUCCUUCCUGCAGACCCUGUGCGGACACGUACGUGUUUUCCGUGAACGUCACGAGCUGACCUGCAAGUCCAGUAGCAGCCCCACCACCUUCAUCAUUGGCGAGGGAGAGGAUGAUGGAGCUGACAGAGCCACACUGGUGUCUUCAUCCAGUAUUGAACUGGAGGACGGGAGCGAAGCCGAUUCCAGAGGAAAACUCUCUGUCCCUUCCUCCCCGCUGGACCUGGAUGAACCAAAGUCUCUGAAAAUCCCAGAAUUCCCUCUGUCUCUUCUCCAGUCCCAGCAGAAGUGUGAAGUGUAUCUUGAUUUGCAUAAAAUCAUACAGGAGAAGUUCAUGGAAAUUGGUGCUCAGUAUUUCAAGACGGUACCGUCCAACCCACAUUAUUUCUUUUACUGCCUUCCAUCAUCCAAAAAAGAGGAGGACUCGGACAGGGAAGGAGAGCGGAGACCCAGUGAAGAGUGCGAGCUGUCUGAAGCUGAACUGGCUACAGAAGACGAGAACGUGUCCGGCUGCUGCAUCGUGACGGAGAGUGACACGGAUCUGGAGGUGGAGUAUCAGGAGUGUGGGAAUGGCAAAGCGGAGGCUGGAGAAGAGGAAGGAGGUGAAGGCGUAUCUCCAUCGGACUCCAACACGGUCAACCAGGACGAUGACUCCUUCAGUAUUCUGGACGGAGACUCUCUGCUGGAGGCUGAUGGCCUGCAGCCGGAGAUGCCGCCUCUGUUUGUACACCUCACCUGCUCCGUCAACAUGAAGAGCUGCCAUGGCUCAAUGCCCACGCAAACGCUGCCAACCUGUCUGGCUGAAGUCAUAACCUGUCUGGAAAACGCUGAGAAUCUUCAGUCGGUGGAUCUGAACGAGUUGUCAGUCACUCUUGAUAUCUUUGUGCUCACGUUACCUCUGGAGAUCGAGGUCAUGGCCCCUGACUUCCGCCACAACCGGUACACGUCUGAGAGCAGUGUGUCUCUGAACCGCUCCCCUGGACAGCCCUCAUCAUAUCGCUCUGACGAGGAGCUCAUGGGGAACCUGGACGGCCUGCGCGGGGUUGGUGUGGAAAGUAUGUCUGGAGAUCCCCUGUCCAAACUUCCUAUUCCGCACAAAAUGGCUGUUUUAGCCACCAUGGAUGAGAUCCGUUGGCUCUUGGAGGAUGAGAUCGUCUCUGCUCUACGGCACUCCUCUGUCAUCAACUCCUCCACCCUGCAGAAAGUGUCCGAGCACGUGUGUCGUUCCAGCGGCCGCCCGCAGUGCCACUGUGAGGUCGUUCCCCUGCAGUUCGUAUUUGGUCCCGAGCAGUCGCUGGAAAAGUUUCAAGAGGAGUUCAAGAGGUUAUCGUUUCCCGGUUACCUGCUAAACGCAGAGCAAUACAACUUCCACUACGUCUCAUUGAGUCGGGCGCAGUCUCACCGGCUCCAGGCUGCAAGACAGCUGUCUAACACCACUGCUCAGGACUCAACGGGGACAGAAACCACAUCCAAGCAAGCCAGCCUGUGUCCUGAGGGGGAGGAUGGUGCCAAAGCAUCAGCAAACAUCUCGACGUCGGACAAAGAAGGAGAGCAAAAGAAAAAGGAGCUGGUCGCUGAGCAGGUCGAGUGUGGGGGACAUGACCGGGAGAUUCGGCCUUCAGCGGUCACUGACUCAGCCAGCGAGUCUUUCUCCGAGACCUCUGACCCCGGGCAGGUCAAACAGGCCGAUGCCGAGGAGAGUCGACCUCAGACUGCUCACCUGCAGACCGGCAGCAGCACCGAACGCUCCUCUGAUCACAUGACCCCUCCCAAAACACCCUCCGCUGCCAGCCUGGCCGAGUCCGUGCAGUCCGCCACACACAGCAGUGGGAAACUGCGGCCCAGUCGAGUUCAGAGCGUCGUCUCCAGUCAGGGAAGCCUGGAUUCAGACAUGCUAGGUUAUGAUGGCGGCAGCAGUGAUUCUGAGUGUGAAGGACCCACUAUGAACGAGCAGGAGAGACGGACGCCGCUCAUGCCUGAUUUCUGGCUCAUCAUCAGAAUUCAUCAGGACAGAGUGGAGGUUUUCUCACACGCCAGGAGUUUUAACAGAGCGAAAGAGGAGGAAGAGAUUCCAGAAUACCUGCGUCUUCAUCAGCUGGUGGUGAGGAGGAUUGGAGAAAUGUGCCGAAUAGUCAACCAGCGCCUCCUACUACAAGACCUGCAUGAUAGUCACGUGUGCCAUUCUCUCCUGGUUGCUGAGAGUGAAGAGGACAUCUGGAAGCACGAGUCGCUUUACCGGCCCAGAAUGACCCACUCUGAUGACUACAGCGCCGAUGAGAGCUAUCAGCCGCGGGACUACCUCGCCGCCACUAUGCAGUUCAUACACGGAUACUUCGCCUGUGACGUGGUCUGGAGCACCGUUAUUUAUAUUCACCCACGGCUCAAAAUGGGGCCCAACAUGGGCGUGUCCCGGGCUAUUCAGGCUCUGCGCUCCGUUCUAAACGCCUUUUGUGUGGUCAACCGCAAAAACAUGUUUGUCUAUCAGGAGCGAACCACCAAAUCUGUGUUCUACCUCCGACUCUCAGAGACGUCUCAGGCAGGGAAGUACAGUGAUUUGGAUGGAAACAUGCACACACGCUCUGUCGGUCUGGCCCGCAGCCAAGAGCCCCUGGGCUCCGAGGACCUCGCGGGAUCCCGCUCGUCUCUGGAAGGCUCAAGGCCGGUUGGACUGGUGGACAAACACAUUUUGCUGCUGGUGCAUGGCGUGGGGACUGCAGGUCCAGAGAUCACCGAUGAGUUAGUGAAGGUAUUGAGGAAGCGUCUGGACGAGGCCACGCUGGACAUUAUUACAGUCAUGCUGGUCAGGAACUGUAAACUGACGCCUGCAGAUGUGGAGUUCAUUCAGCCUCCCGGCUCUCCGGCGACGGAGGUGAUGGAGUUCUGUCUGCCUCAGUACUGUGUGCCGUGGAUCCAGGCCGUGGCUCACUACCUCCGCCAGAACCUCCUCAUCUUCCUCCACAUCCCCAAAUACACCGACAGCAACAUCGAGCACCACUUCAAGCAUUACUUCCAUUUGAGCAGCGAGCUGCCGGAUCAUGACAUCUAUCUGUACAAUAAACCUGGAGGCCAAGGAACCGGAGGCAAAGGUAUCGCCUGCAUCGCGCUCUCAUUCGUGGACGCUAAAGGCUGCGUGCUGCAGGUUCCCGCUCAGGACGGCAGCGGACCGGCUCUUAGAGCUGACGUUUCCACCAUCCCGCUCCAGCCAGACCAGUUUGAGGCCUUGACGACGGUUGUUAAGGUGGACUCUCUCAGCCAGAGCUCAGGAGCAGCUGUGCGUGUGCGCUUCGACGUGUGGGAGCAGGGUAAUGUCAGCCCGCUGCAGCUGACGGACAGGCUGAGGGCCGCCCUACGCCACGCCCUCGGUGAUGUCAUCAUGGAGAUGCGCGUGCUGCCCAACCCGUUAUGUCUGGACACAUUCUGUCUGCCUGCCGCCGCCCAACGGGAUGAAACCACAGUUCCCUUGAGUCUUCUGCAGUGCGACAGUAAAGAGGUGAAGGAGAGUCAUCGGCGGCCCAGUGGAGCCCACGGGCUCCGAACCGGCCCGUCUCCCAUCACCCUAAUAUCUGCCCCCAGUUCCACCCCGAACGCCGGAGCCGGCACACCCGAGUCCACCACGCCCACGGGCAAAAGCACCCGCCGCAGCUUCUGGGAAAUGUUGAGUAAACCAGAAACUUCUGAACUCGGCAGUCCAAAGACAACGGAUGACAUCAUACCGGAGCGUGCCGAGGACAGUCGCAUGGGCAGACGGAGACACAAGACGGAGAGUGUCAAACAGCAGUGGAACCAUGAGAAAGCCAUGGCAGUCGAACAAGAGCAGGCCCAGAGGAGACAUGCAGUCCAGCUGGAGGAAGGUGAUACUGGUACUCUUCAAACCGUUUACCAGACCACGUACCUGCCCUGGGUCACCUUCAUGAACAAACUGGGCUGUCCGUCCAUCCAGCAUUGUUCAACUGAAGUCUCGCAUCAUUUCCUCCUGCCUUCCAUCCUCUCAGAAAUUGUAAAUCUUGUGAGCUCUCUGGCCAGUGACACCAUAGUCAAAGUGUUUGAAAGAACCAGCUGUCCUCAGGGAGAUAUCUAUGCCCCCCUGUCAAUCAUCCAGCACAUCAGCCAACCACCUGCCACCUCCAGGAGCUUCAUUCUCAUUGGUCGCAACUUCAGCCAAUGGCAUUGCAGUACAGAACAAGAAGACAGUUCAGAUGAAGAGAACAGUCCAGUACUAAAUAGGUGCUCACCUCAUAAGGGUCUGCAGCGGUUCGAGUCCUUGGAGCACAGUGAUUGGCUGAGCCCGGGACAGGCUGUGAAGGGCGUGGCUCCACGCCAGCGCUUCCUGUAUAUACACAUCGUCAAUAAGAAGGUGACUCUUUACACGUAUAACUGGUCGGUGGAUCUGGGCGGCUCUCUGAAUCAAGGUCUGGUCAGACUGGUGCACUGGCAGAACGCCCGCGCCCAUGUGGUCAACUGCCUCCUGAGUCAGAAAAUGGGUCUUUUCCAUCAUUACUGCUUCUCUGAUACACCUGCACAUGAGGAUCUGAAACAGGAGCCCAACCCCUUCCUGAGCUCCACGAUCGAGGCGGAUGCUCUGCUAAGGAGUCCGGUUCCUCCGGCCGCGAGUAAAGAUCAGGGCCGGUUGGGCAGCUCUGCGCGUGUUCUUCCUCCUCUGGCCUUCCCCGGAGAGCUCGUGCCCUUUGAUGAAGCUCUGAGAGACGUGAACACAGGGAGGCCGCUGACCAAUCAGGACGGAGCAGAUAUAGUCGCUCGCCACGGAGCCCAUCUUCUGGAGGUCAAAGCAGCUGAACGCAGAGAGUUGGAGCGACAGAUGAAGAUUGAGAAUUUGUUUGUGACGUGGCAGCAGCGGUCAGCUCAAUCUAACAUGCCCAUCUCUGUCGCGGAUCUGGACACACUGAAGCAGUCCUCUCGACUGGUCCAUUACUGUGCCACUCCGCUGCUCUUCGACCCCGUGUUCCGGAAACAGAUUCAAGAGGAACAGGUUCUACAGCCACAGAUGAAGAAGCGCCAUCGCUCCAGCGACUCCACGGCAUCCGGGAGGGAUCGCAGCUACAGCACGGAUUCUGCAGACAUGCUUCCGAGUCGCCUGAAGGAGGAGCCGUGGCUGCAGGAGAUCUCCAGCACGUUCCUCCAGCAGUAUGUGCAGUAUCUGCAGAGCAUGGGCUUCAUCCUGGUGCAGGUCCGACCGCAGUCGCCCGCGCGCAGCAUCGCUCGAGCCCGAGCCGCCAUGUUGAGUUCUUUAUCCACUGAAGGCAGAUCUUCCUUCUCAUCUUUCUCAUAUAAUAAGCAGAAGAGUGAAGACAGCCCGAAGCAGAGCAGUGCAUCGAGCUCGACGUCGUAUCACCUGCAGAGAGCGCUGCCGGGAGGCAUCGUCCUGAUGGAGCUGGCGUUUCAAGGCUGUUACUUCUGCGUGAAGCAGUUUGCAUUAGAGUGCUCCAGGAUUCCCAUGGGUCAGACGGUUAAUUCUCAGGGCUCACUUCUCAACAAACCUCCUAGCAAGCCGUUCCCCGAGACGCCCACGGUCUCUGACUCUGCGCUGUCCAUGCUGUUCACCGAGGAGUGCGAUAAGGUCCGGGAUUUGAUGCACGUUCACUCGUUCAGCUACGACUUCCACCUGCGUGUGGUGCAUCAGUACCUCGUGGGUUGUCACAUGACCCUUCAUCAGGGAUACCAGCUCACUAGCUUUCUGGAGGACUUCAUCGCCCAUCACCCUGACAUACCCAAAUUUGGACGCAACCACGUCUUCCAGGGGAGUUUCUCCAUAUCAACGGGGAUGAUAACCGCAUACCAGCUGUACAAUUACAUCACGGAUCACGCUGGGACUUACGGGAUGAAGCCCUUGCGCAUGUCUAAGGCUGCAGUUACAACUGAGAACAAAAAGGGGGCGCCCAGCACAGAUCUGCACGAGUAUGCGCUGAUCGCUCUGUGGAACAGCUCUGGCUCAUUUAAAGACCUGGAGGGAUUACGCCACCAUGAUGACUUUGAUGUGUCGCUGCUGGUGUGUCAUAACGCCGCCCCGUUUGAGGAGCAGUCUGAAGGAGAGCGACACCUGCUCAGGCUCCGUUUCUACGUGAUCAUGACCAGUCAAAGAGAGCUGUUCCCACGUUUGACUGCAGACAUGCGUCGAUUUAAGAAGCUUCCUCAGAUCCACCGUGACCCCGGUGACCUCAGUGGCCGUGCGGAGCGGAUGGAGACCCGGGAACCUGACCUGGACCUGUGGGAGGAGACCAGCACCCCCAUCAGCCCCGCAGCCAGCCCCGAGUCGGAGCACAUGGAGAGCCUCCUGCACGCGGGUCAGGCCGGGCUCGGAGACACCGACGACUCUCAGGGCCUCUUCUUCAUGUCUCCUCUCUUCCCCCUGCUCAACUCUGAGGUGAUGUCUGCGCGCCGGCAGAUUCAGAGCAGCGUGGAGCAGGCCAUGGGUCACUGCCGGAGGGAUAACCUCUGGAGGAGGCUCUUUCACGGAGAGCACUUGGCCCUGGAUAAACUCAAACUCAGCAAACUGGCCUUCGGUGAACUGGAGGAGCUACUGGACGCUGUGCAAAGCAGAUCUGUCGCUGAGAUCGACCCACAGCUGGACUGUUUCCUGAACAUGAGUCCCGCCUGGUACCAGAGUCUCAUCAAAGUUCUGCUCUCACGCUUCUCACAAAACUGCAGACACUUUAAAGACGACAGUGGCAUUCAGUACCUGGCUGUCCUGAACCAGAAGUUUACUGACUGUUUCGUGCUCGUCUUUCUGGACACACAGGCAGGAAAAACUAGUCUGAAGGUGGUGUUCAGAGAGCCGCUGCCCGCUCAGAGUCAGCCGAGCAGCAGUCCUCCACCACAGCUGGUCUCCAUGUACCACCAUCUGGAGUCGGUCAUCAACACCGCCUGCUUCAACCUCUGGACGGGCCUGCUGUGAGCGUGUGUUUCUUUCAUGAGACACACUCAAUGCAUCUCGUGUGCGUCGGACAGGUUGCAUCUGUUUAAGCAAUUAAAUUUUGCACAGGAGGGAUGUAGUGGUGUGUGUGAGACUGCACUGGUUUGCCAAAGCCAUACUGUCCUCCUGUAGUCUGAGUGUUCGUUUGUGCUGAUGAUGCGCAUUAGAUUCGGCUUUGCUCCUCGAGAAAGUCCUGUUGCUGCAGGUUGGAUAGUUUUGUGCCCCAUAAUGCAUCACUUUCUGCAACAUAGUUGUCUUUACUGCCAUUUCAUCGUCCCAAAAGUGCCUUUAUGCCUUUGUUUUAUCUUAUGAAGUUGAUGGGAGCUUGUGUAUCAUAUUCACCUUGAAUCUCUCUUGAAAUGGUUGCAUGCUCUUCCUGUACAUUCAUCAUCAAGGGCGGCGUGACGGGUAUUCCUACUAACCAGACGACACUAGAUCGUGGGGAACCUUUGACACGACACCAAAUGUAACUCCCACGGUGACAAAAACCGAAGAAUAAUGUGUUUAACUGUUUUGUUUUCUUGAAGGACACUGGAAGAUUUAUUAAAACGCUAGAAUGUGAAUUAGCAACUCAAAUGUCUGAAACUGAAAUUUGUACAUUAUGUAAAUAGAAAAGAAAAAAAACGCUUGACAAUAAAUCUUAAAUUAAAACGUG